UGGCUUCUCCUCUCUCAAGCUCGCCGCCACUCUCUAUCGAAGUCCCACUCUUCUCCAUUUUCAACCUUUCAAAGAUAUCUCUCCUCAUCCAUUACUCCUCCUAGCGACGAUUCUUCAGGAUCUAAACCCACCAUCCAAGUAGUAUCCUACCCCACAAAACCCAAAGACGAAUCAGAUCCCCCCAAAGAAACCGAACCACAACAGCCACAAUCACCGCCACAGCCACAACCCAGAAGACCGCCGCCGACACAGGAGGCUAGAACGGAUUGGACACGUGAAGACGUUCGAUACGUGAAAGAUGUUCCGUCGAUAUCUACCGUUUCCUACCCGGCACGUGUUGCGCCUCUUCCCGAGGACAAAGUUGGGGCGGAAGGAGAGGAAAGGGAUGUGAAAGAGAAUGCAGAAAUGGAGAGGGAGAGGAGGGGGAUAGAAUCGAAAAAGCCGUUGUUGCGUCGGAGGUCUUUUCGGACUGCCGUGGAGGAGGGGGAGAAGGUUGUUGUGCCGUUUCCUAUGCUUAUUAAGGCCGAGAGUAAGAAGAAGGAAAAUAAGCAAAUUCUUGAUUUGAUGGACGCCAUUAAGCAAGUCAAGGCUACUGCCAAGGCUAAUUUUGAUGAAACUGUUGAAGCUCAUGUCCGAUUAGCUAUUCCUCCUCGCAAAACUGAGCUGAUAGUACGAGGGACCAUGAAUCUACCCCAUGGAGAUAAGAAGGCUGUUAGGGUGGCUUUCUUUGCUGAAGGGGCAGAUGCUGAUGAAGCUAGAGUUUCGGGAGCUGAUCUUGUUGGUGGUUAAGAACUUAUCGAGGAAAUUGCAAGCACUGGCAAGAUUGAUGUUGAUAAGUGUUUUGCAACUCGUCAACUCAUGCCUCGUCUUUUCAAGAUAUCGAAGAUUCUAAAUCAUCAGGGGUUGAUGCCAAACCCUAAACAAGGUACAGUGACCAAUGAUGUUGCUAGGGCGGUACAAGAAGCGAAACAAGGUCAUAUUAAGUUUAAAAUGGACAACACAUCUAAUCUGCAUGUCGGACUUGGAAAGGUGAGUCUGAAGGAGGAGCAUCUGCGCGAUAAUGUUGGUGCAUUUGUGAGUGCUCUUCUGAAGGCAAAGCCUGCAGGCUUAAAGAAAACUUCUAAAUUUGCUGGCUAUGUGAACGCCUUCCAUAUGUGUAGCACGAUGGGUCCUGCAUUCCCGGUUUCUAUACAGUCACUAUCCAGAGCUUUAGAUCAAUAUGGCAAAGUUGCUCGUUGAGCGAACAGUUAUGUGGAAGGGAAAGCUCCCCAUUCUGGUAUCAGGGUCUCUUCAAAUGGCCAAUACAGGAAAAUAGUUGGUUUCCGUUGCUAGGUUCAGAAUGUGAAUGUUAAUUUAAUUUCACACAAAUUCUGUUGUAAUGUUUCGAUCAUCUUAGCAUAGUUAGGUUUUGCAGUUGAGGAGGUUAUAAUUUGCCUUGGAGCCAUUUUUAUUUUUAUUUUGCCCUUUUCCUUUUCAAUGCCCUUUGCCAGCUCAUAAAUUUGGAGCAUUUUGGCCUUUUAAAUCCAAUAAUUGUAACUUAUAACAAUCACAAGGAGUAUUACUUUGAAUUUGAAGCCAUUUUCGCCCCAAUGGUAAAAGGGAUUUUUUUA